AUGGAAAGGGCCAAGGAUCAUUCAAACUUUAUAAUGUCAUCGGUAGAAUAUAUCAGCUACAAAGGAAUCCUAUUCCCAUCUGUGUGUUAUUCAUUGGAAACUUUUGAUCAAGUGCAAAAUGAAUUCCAGAUCCUGGAUGAUGAUGUAAUUACUGUCACUUACCCCAAGUCAGGCACCCAUUGGACGGCAGAGAUCUUGGGCUUGAUCUCACAGAAAGGGGACCCCACAUAUAUACAUAGUGUGCCAAUGUGGGAACGGUCUCCCUGGAUUGAUAUUGAUAACGGACUGAAGCAAGCCUUGCAAAAUCCUCCGCCCCGGCUCUUAAAUAGUCACCUUCCAUUUCAACUUUUCCCCAAGUCUUUUCUGCAAACCAAAGCCAAGGUUAUCUACACCUUGCGUAAUCCCAAGGAUGUGCUGGUCUCAUUUUACCAUUUUGCCAAGAUUAUGAAAAUACUAAAGACACCUGGGAGCAUGCAAGAGCACCUGGACGAGUUCCUGACUGGGAAAGUGGCCUAUGGUUCUUGGUUUGACCAUGUGAAGGGCUGGAUGGAGCUGAAAGGAAGGCCCAACUUUUUCUACAUCACCUACGAAGAACUGCUUCAGGACCUGAGAGGCAGUGUGGAGAAGAUCUGCCACUUCCUUGGGAAAGAGCUCAAUAGCCAGCAACUUGACUCUGUGGUGGAAUAUGCCUCUUUCCGGAAGAUGAAGGAGAACAAGAUGUCCAAUCUCACCCUGUUGGGUGAUAGGCUUGUGGACCACACAAAAGGAGAGUUGAUGAGGAAAGGGAUCUCUGGGGACUGGAAGAACCACCUGACAGUGGCACAGAAUGAAUACUUUGACCGUAUUUAUCGGGAGAACAUGCAGAACAUGAGGACUACCUUCCCGUGGGACUGAAGAGGGCCAGAUGUUCAUCCUGCUUUGCAUCCUCUCAA